CUCUACCGCCUGCACCGGGACGGCAGGCCCGGCGGCAUCCUGGCCGACGACAUGGGCUUGGGCAAGACCGUGCAGAUCAUCGCCUUCCUCUCGGGGAUGUUCGACGCCGAGCUGGUCCGGCACGUGCUGCUCAUCAUGCCCACCACGCUGGUGAGCAGCUGGCUGGCCGAGUUCGCCCGCUGGACCCCUGGGCUGCGCGUGCGCGAGUUCCACGGCACCAGCAAGACGGAGCGCACCAGGAACCUGGAGCGGGUGCAGAGGAAGAACGGCAUCAUCAUCACCAGCUACCAGAUGCUCAUCAACAACUGGCAGCAGCUGGCCAGCAGCCACGGCGAGGAGUUCRUCUGGGACUACAUCAUCCUCGACGAGGCGCAUAAGAUCAAGUGCCCGUCGAACAAGACGACCAAGUGCGUGUAYGCCAUUCCCGCGCGACACCGCCUCCUCCUCACGGGCACCCCCGUGCAGAACAACCUGCGGGAAAUGUGGUCCUUGUUCGACUUCGCAUGCCAGGGCUCCCUCCUGGGAACAGCCAAGACCUUCAAAAUGGAGUAUGAGAAUCCUAUUACUAGGGCGAGGGAGAAGGACGCCACUCUAGGAGAGAAAGCCCUGGGACUGAAGAUCUCUGAGAACCUGAUGACCAUCAUAAAGCCGUAUUUCCUCCGAAGAACUAAGGAAGAUAUAAAAAAUAUAGGUAGUGCUGACAGAGUGGAUGCCRCUCUCCCUACGGAUCUAAGUGAGAAUAGUGCUCCUGUUAUGCCCUCUCUUACUAGGAAAAAUGACUUUGUUGUGUGGGUGUACUUAGCGCCAAUACAAGAGGAGAUCUACAGGAACUUCCUCGCUUUAGAUCAUUUGAAAGAAGUGUUGAUGACGACCCGGUCACCAUUAGCGGAGCUGACGGUCUUGAAGAAGCUGUGCGACCACCCUAGGCUUCUGCCUGCAAGAGCGUGUAUCCAGCUAGGUUUAGAAGGGCAUGAAAACUAUGAGCAGGAUUACAGGAGUGAAACAGGUUUGUUUUCAGGAGCUAACCAAAUCGGUCACCUCCCUGAAGAGACCGUCAUCCAGGAGUCUGGGAAAAUGCAGUUCCUUGUAGGGCUUCUAGAAAGGCUGAGGGAUGAGGGGCACCAGACGCUGGUGUUCUCACAGUCAAGGAAGAUGCUCGAUAUCAUAGAGCACGUUUUGUCCCGCAGGCAGUUUAAGAUCAUGCGCAUUGAUGGGACAGUAACCCACUUAGUGGAGCGGGAGAAGCGCAUUAAUGCCUUUCAGAAUGACAAGGACUACUCUGUCUUCCUGCUCACCACCCAAGUUGGUGGCGUUGGUAUAACCCUAACAGCAGCCAGCAGGGUGGUGAUCUUUGAUCCCAGCUGGAAUCCAGCCACAGAUGCCCAGGCUGUGGACAGAGCUUAUAGGAUUGGGCAAAAAGAAAAUGUAGUAAUUUAUAGACUGAUCACUUGUGGCACCGUGGAGGAGAAAAUAUAUARGCGCCAAGUAUUCAAGGAUUCCUUAAUAAGACAGAGUACAGGUGAUAAAAAGAACCCAUUCAGGUAUUUUUCCAAACAGGAACUAAGAGAGCUUUUCAUACUAGAAGAUACUCGAACAUCUGCAACUCAGAUCCAGCUGCAGUCACUACAUGCCACCCAACGUAAGACUGAUGUGCAGCUGGAUGAGCACAUCGCUUAUUUGCACUCUCUGGAAAUGUUUGGUAUUUCAGAUCAUGACUUAAUCUAUACAAGGGAAAUAACUCAGGAGGAGCAGGCUGAGAGCGAAGAAGCCCAUCAGUACAUUCAGCAGAGGGUACAGAAAGCCCAUGAGCUAGUUCAGUUAGAGUCUCAGCUUAGAGACCAGAGGAUGGAGAGGAUCAGAAAUGCUUCUGAUGGGUCGUGGCCAGGAGCACCAGAACCAUCUUCCCAGCCAAAGAAGAAGUCUCCAGGAUUGAACAGCAUCAAUAACUUUGUCUCACCACCAGUGGUUGCUAGAGUUGAAAGCGAAACUAUAGAUCUUACAGAGAAUGAGGAAGUCCAAAUAGCUAAUGUCAGCUCUAAAAUAACAAAUCUGGUUAUUGAUGAUGUAGGUGAAGAGGAACUGGCACAAGAUGUGUCCGGUAUGGAUACUGGCAGUGAGAUAGUGAAAGAAUCCAAUAUAGAAGAGCAUGAGGAAAACCUUGGAUCGAGCAUUAGGYUGUCAUCCUCUGGGCUUCACCCACUUGACAGGGAGAGUCUGAGUCUUGAACAGAAACAGCCUUCUCCUGCUUCUCUUGUAAAUUCAAAAAGCUUGACUGAAGCAGGGAAUGACCUGACUGAUCAGUCUCGGCUCUCCUGUAACAAAUCUGGUGUGACGGAUGGUCCUGAGACUGCAGAACCAUUGGAUCAGGUACCUGAACCACUUGCUGGCUUGGGGACAGAUGGGAAUUCUGUUCCUGAGCUACACUUGGCUUCUGUGGUGUCGAGAUUGUCAAACGUUGUCCCAGAAGCCCAUGCUAGGAUCCAGAACUCUCAUGCCAGCUUGGAGGCUGUGUCUGUGUCCUCUCUCCAGGAUCAAGUGGACUUCAAUCUUGUCUUGGAAGAAUCUGAAGAUGGAUGGCAAGAUAUCUCAAGUGGGGACCAAUCACUGGAGAAUCCAGAAGAGGCAGAGUUUCAAGAAAAAGCAGAAAGAGACUGUAAAUCUCCAAAGAAAAGCUGGGCACGUGAGAACAGUAGCUUUGGAAACUCCUGUCACACACCUGAAGAAUAUGUGAAUAACUCCCUGCAAGGGGGUGAAAACUCAGCGGAAAGCAGUAGUGUCCUCACUUUUAGUAGAAAGAAGUGCAUACAGAGAAUUGCUUCUGACAGUGAGGAUGAAAACCAGUCCCUUGUGAUCUUGAAGGAAAGCAAGUCUGAUGAGAGGUCCUCUUGCUUGAGCAGCCCUCCACAUCAAUUUUUGGAAGGAAUCAAUGCGUCCACACCUAAAUAUGACAAAAGUAUAGCAAAAGCUGUCUUUUCUCCCCAGAUAAUUAAUAGUGGGAACAGGUCUACAGCUUCCAGAAGAUCUAUAAUCAACAUGGUGGUGGACCAGGUUGAAGAUAUUGGAGAAAUUAUGGGAGCUACUGAUGAGGAAGGAACUACUGAUGAAGAAGAAGAUGCUGAAGAUCAAGAUGACAUUAUAGAAGAAGAAGCUGAAGAGUGUAGCGGGGAAUCUGCUGAAAGUGAAGAAGAACCAGCUGGAGAAACACUUGAUACAGGUGGAGAAUCCUUCCGUCUAGGUUGCACCCACUCUGAACAGUCUGAAGCGAGUGAGACAGAGUCAUCUCAGGAUGAAUCCACUGGUGAUGCUGAACUUCAGUCUGGUGAGCAGAUAGAUUUCUUCUCCCAGGAAAGUGUCUCCCAGAAAGACACUGGUCGGAGUUCCUCUUCUGCCUUAGAUAAUUAUAACACCUUAAUAGAUUGUGGGAAGAAACUGAAGGAUGAGGGAARACUACAGGAGGCACUGAACUGUUUUCUGCAAGCUCUAGACAUAAAGAACGGAGAUCCUGAARUUAUGCUUGUGACCUUAAACUUGUAUAGACAGCUAGCCCAGAGAUGAAAUGUGUCUGUUUGUAUGCUUUUAUAUGUAUGUCUAAACUGUAUCACUGGUUUAAACUAGCUUGAGACUGACAGCUGCCUUAGAAGUUUCUUCUUUCAUGUUAUGGAACUUGCAAUUGUGGUGAGUGUACAAUGUCAGCGUUUCUUCCUCUGUGAGGAAGCACUGUGAGAAUUGGGUAGUCUGUCCUUACUCUUUAGCUSGGGAUGGGAUUUCACAGUGGAUUUGGUUCACGAAGAUAAAAACACUUCAUAUUCCUGUUUGUUCAAUAAAACAUUUCUUCUAUGUCUCAGUGUUUCUCCAAGCUUGCAGCUUUGGCUUCAUGCUCAAUGAGUCUUCAGAUGUGGUUCCACAGCAGCUUAAUGCACCCUGCAUUUAGGCAGCUGUAACUCUUUCCAGAGCUACUGCUCUUCCCAGAGCUACUGUAGCCUUAAUUUYAGUUGGUCUGAGAAUGCAUUUUCAUAGCAGCUUCUUUUGGCACGUAACACUCUUACUUGCUACAAGAAGUUUGCAGCUAUGCAUCCUCCAAGUGAUGGAGGCACGUCAGCUGCCUUGCUCAGGUCUGACACUAAAUGUGGCAUUGCAGAAGCCCUUCUACUCGAAUCCCUGCUAGACUAUAGCUGCAGCGUGGCUACAGAAUGACUGGAAUAGCAGUUGAACCUUGACAGAUGCAAGGUAAGAACAUGCU